AUGGGUGCUGCGACUACUCAACUCGUCAAAUCUCCAACCGGAUCACCCUCCUGGAAGUUCGACGUCCCCCUCUUAAGCGCGCUCUCCCCGUUCGUCCGCUCCAUUUUACUUUCACCUCCGCCCUCAGACUCUUACUGUUUAUCGAUCAUGACUGAACUCUCGCCCCGCCCCAGUCGUAGCAUGGCUAUCGACUCCUUGCUUAACCCCCAAGGAGAGGCCGACAGUGCAGGCUCGCUCUCAGCCUCGAAACUUGACUAUGCGACUGCGCCUGCGCCUCUAACACCGCAGUACUCGCCUCUCUACCCUCAGAGUCCAACCUACUAUUACUCUCAGACACACCACCAUCAUCAUCAUCACCACUACAAUCCCGGACCCCGGGACCCAUACGCCUCUUACCACUCCUACUCAGCAACUUCCUCGCCAGAGCCUCACACGCGGGACCGCUACUCCUCCGUCUCCAGCAGCACCUCCAGCACAAACGGCCACCAUAGCCAGCACCCGCACAGCGCCAGCAGUUCCGGCCGAGGCCGCGACAGCCGCCGCCGUCUGCCGCGCCCCAAGUACGAGGAAGAGGAAAUGUACUUCAUCUGGUACCACCGCGUCGACCUCAGCCAGGAGUGGAAGGAAGUCCGCGAGUCCUUCAACCGGCAGUUCUCCAACCGCAAGCGCGAGGGCUUCCAGGGCAUCCAGUGUAAAUUCUACCGCUUCAUCAAGGAGAAGAACUGCCCCACGCUGAGGGAGCAGCGGCGUAUGCGCGACGGCGAGUUCAUCUCCGGCCAGACUCCGCAUGCUCUCUCGCAGCCGCCGGCGGACUCGGGCUCCGGGUACGGUGGCAAGCCUCAGUUUGGGGUUGUCGAGUGGAUGGGCGUUUGGUAUCCGUGGAUGAGAGAGGACCGCGAAGAGGUCCUGAGGAAGAGGUUGCCGAGGUGA